GGACGCCGCAGAGCGAGGCGCUGAUGAAUAAGGAGUCAGCGGGACACUCACAGUUCAGCUCGUCCAUCUCUGAGUCUGCAGCAGAGCAGAGGCAGGAAAACGGGUCGGGCUGAACUGGACUCAGUCCAGCACCAGACAGUCUUUAAAGUCCUGCUGAGAGGACUGAGACUCUGAGAGUCCGUCUGUCGCCUGUUUUCUGCUCUGUGAACACGACAACAAAACACUGGGACUGAUCCAGAGAGGUCCACGAAGAAUUCAGGACUUUUUUUAGACCUUUAAAAACCAACGAGAGCAGACGGACGAGGACGAAGCUUUGAGGGACAAACAAAGACGAUCGACUCUGAAUAUCAGGAACGGAGGUGAACAGGGAGAGUUACCAGAACAGUCUCUGUGUUUUUGUCCUCAGUAUGAGGACAGAGUGUCUCUGACUCUGUUUGUCUUUCAUUAAACUGGAUUGAAGGUUUUAUUCUCUCUUAAACGGCUCAUUUCUCGUCUCAGAGCGUUUACGAGCCGCCUCUCUUUGGAAACAGGCGUCCUGGUAAUGAGGUGGUAAUUCUUCUCAUUUUGGGUUGAAGUUGAUAAAAAAAACUCUUUAAAGACGGAGACGUCCUCGUCUCUCCUUGAGAAUCUCUGCAGCUGCUCUAAACCCUCCGUCUUUUAUUCCUCGCUCCUUUAGGCUCGGUUUAUCUUAGUCCUCUGUUUCAGCUGCUCUGUGUUUGUGGGUUCAGCGUGUUUAUGUGUCACAUGACUCUGACUGAAGGUGAGGCGUCAGAAACACCGUCUGCUGAUGGGAAUGUUGUAGAUUUUCCUUCUUCACCUAAAAAGAGUUUGAGGAAAAUCCGUUUUUUUACAAAAUUCAUCGACUUCAAACCUUUAAAACAGACGAUCCAGUUUUUAAAGUAUUGAUCGGUUCUUCUAACGAGUCCGAGUUCUAAGGUCUGAACUUUUGAAGGACUUUUGGAAAUGAACCGAUUCUUCAGAUUUUUCUUCAUCGAACCAAAAAAUAACAAACAAACAUGGGAGGAGUCUGAAUGUUGGCGGCGGUGUGGAUUUUAGGACGUAAACCGCCGGCGUGUUUUUUGGUGACGCUGAGUUUUCAGACUCUGAACUCAGCAGGACUUUGAUAGGAGCAGGUCUUUAUGUAUCUUUUCUCCUCUCUCCUCUCUCCUCUCUCCUCUUUCCUCUCUCCUCCCUCUCUCCUCUUUCCUCUCUCCUCUCUCCUCCCUCUCUCCUCUUUCCUCUCUCCUCCCUCUCUCCUCUUUCCUCUCUCCUCUUUCCUCUCUCCUCUCCUCUCUCCUCUCUCCUCUUUCCUCUCUCCUCUCUCCUCUCUCUUCUCUCCUCUCUCCUCUCUCCUCUCUCCUCUUUCCUCUCUCCUCUCUCUUCUCUCCUCUUUCCUCUUUCCUCUCUCCUCCCUCUCUCCUCUCUCUCCUCUCUCCUCUUUCCUCUCUCCUCUCUCUCCUCUCUCCUCUUUCCUCUCCUCUCUCUUCUCUCCUCUUUCCUCUCUCCUCUUUCCUCUCCUCUCUCCUCCCUCUCUCCUCUUUCCUCUCUCCUCUCUCUUCUCUCCUCUUUCCUCUCUCCUCUCUCUCCUCUCUCCUCUUUCCUCUCCUCUUUCCUCUCCUCUCUCUUCUCUCCUCUCUCUCUCCUCUUUCCUCUCUCCUCUCUUCUCUCUCUUCUCUCCUCUUUCCUCUCCUCUUUCCUCUCCUCUCUCUGUCUCUCUCUCUCUCUCUCUGGAGAUGGCGUGUGAGUGCUGAGAGCUGAGAGCGAAUCAAUCUUUGAUUCAACUUUUUUUCUAAUUUCGUUUCUUUUCUUUCUUCUAUCGUCUCUGUAUUGAAUGAUCAUUGUUUGGAUUAUUUGUUCAUAACUUUUGGUUAAACAGUUCAGUGUUUUUUUUGUGUGUUUUCUUCGUGCCUCGUGGCGAGGAUGGCGUCCUCUGAGACGCCACCUCCGCCAGCGUCCCUGAGACACGGCGUGAGGCUGGUGCCACCGCCGGCCUCCUCUGUGGAGCAGGUCCUGUUGGCUGUGGGAGACCAGGUGGGCCACGGUAAUAUCUCAUAUGCCUCCCGCAUGAACAAAGCCGUGGUAGUGUUUCUCAAAGAACAGACACAUGUCACUGAACUUAUUGAGGACGGAUUAACCCUCAACGAGGAGUUUAUACAAGUUUCCCCGCUGGCUUUGCCGUCCACGCGGAUCACCGUGUCCGGCGUCCCUCCAUUCAUCCCGAAUGAAGCGCUGGAACGGGAGCUCAAGCGGUUCGGUAAGUUCGCCAGUGGUUUUCGUACUGUUGCUUUGGGAUGUAAAGAUGCUAAGCUAAAGCAUGUUCAGUCUCUGAGGAGACAGGUCUUCAUGUUUUUAGACUCUCCAGCUCAGACACUGGAUGUGUCCUUCCGUGUAAAACACGAGGAAGGGUUUUACAUGGUGUAUGCUAGUUCAGGGAGUAUGAAGUGUUUUGAGUGUGGAGACGUGGGCCACAAACGUGUCGCUUGUCCUCACCGACAGCACACGGUGAGACCCGCUGGAGAUGACGGCAGGGAGGUGAGCGGUGGGGCCGGUAGGCCGGUGUGGGGCGGUGCUGCGGCCGUCUCGGGUGUGGCGGGUCCGGCGGCGGCUGCCGUGGGCUCCGUGGGUUCGGCGGCGGCUGCCGCCGGUCCUUCGGGCUCGGCGGCGGCUGCCGCGGGGCCCGUGGGUCCGGCGGCGGUUGCCGCGGGUCCCUCGGGCUCGGCGGCGGCUGCCGCGGGUCCCGUGGGUCCGGCGGCGGCUGCCGCGGGUCCCUCGGGUCCGGCGCCUGCUGCCGUGGGCUCCGUGGGUUCGGCGGCGGCUGCCGCCGGUCCCGCGGGCUCGGCGGUGGCCGCCGCCGGCCCGGUGCGCGGGGCGGCGGAUGGUGCGCGCCCCGGAGCCGCGGCGCUAAAGUCUAUUUUGGGGUUUGGACCUGGAAUGGUGAAAAAUCAGCCCUUGAGUUGUGUGACUGAAGAGUGUGAGGAUGAGAUCGGUGUGGAGCAGGAUGGGGCUCACACAGCAGGGCAGGCGGAGACCUGCGCUCCUGAGCAGGGUGGGGCUGCUGCAGGUGAGCCGAUGCAGGAGGAGGCUGCUGGCACAGCGCAGCAGCUGAGGACUGACUCUCGGCCUGCUCCAGCUCACAGUCAACAGGCAGUAGGUUUCUCAGAUGCUGAUGUAGACUCCGAUUGUGUCUCUGUAGCAGACAGUGUGUCAAUAAAUCCAGACCUAUACUCUCUUGAGGAGGUGACAGAGUUUCUAGAUGACUCCUUUGGGAGAUCAGUGGAGGUCACAGACUAUUUCCCAGAUAUGCAGAAGUUUGUCCGGUCUGUGGACACUCUGCAGAAGGUCGUAGGUAAGGAGUUUUUAAGUGAUAAGAAAAGGUAUCGCCUCAAAAAGCAUGCGUCUAAUGUGAGGAAAAUUCUUAAAGGUAAACAGACAUUGAAAAAAAGGAAAGUUUGUAAGUAAUCCAGAAUGAUUGUACAAUACCAGGUGUUUUCUCUUUGCUGUGUUGGUCUGUCUUUCCUGCUGCUCUGUCUGUCUUCUCCUCACAUGCAGCCCUUUACAGUUGCAUCUUUAAAUAUUAAUGGGGGUAGAAGUCCACAGAAAAGAGCUCUAGUGUCUGAGAUUAUCAGACAGAAAAGGAUAGAGGUCGUCUUUCUACAGGAAACACACAGUGACAUUGUUAAUGAGACAGACUGGGGUAUUUGGUGGGGGGGGCAGUACGCACUCAGCCAUGGCUCCAACCGGAGUGCUGGGGUGGGUAUUUUAUUCUCCCCCUCCUUACCGGUAAACAUUUUAUCCAGCUCAGAAAUCAUGGCGGGAAGAGCUUUGAUGGUGAAGGUGGAAAUUCUGGGGUUUGCUUUCACUUUUCUUAAUAUCUAUGCACCCAAUCAAAGCUCUGAACGAUUAGUUUUAUUUAAUUUAUUAAAAAACGUUUUAGGGAACAGCAGCAGUCAGGGAGAGUGCAUAAUAAUGGGAGGGGACUGGAACUGCUGUACGGAUGGCACCUUAGACAGGAUAGGGCAGGAGCUCCAGUCCCAAUCAUCCUCUUUCCUGGCUCAGAUGUUGACGGAGUUUAACCUGGUCGACAUCUGGAGGUUAAAACAUCCCACCGAUAAACAGUACACUUGGGUGAGAGUCUCUGACGGCAUGGUCAGUGCAGCCAGACUCGACAGAUUUUAUAUGUCCUCUUCUUUUAGCAGUCGUGCAGCCAGGUGUCAAAUCCAUCCUGUUGGCUUCACAGACCAUCACUUAGUUUUAUUAGAAAUGGUUUUAACCUCUCCUGGAAAGUCCAGGUCAUUCUGGCAUUUUAAUGUUAAGCUUUUACAUGAUUUUAACUUUUGUAAUAAUUUUAAAUUAUUUUGGGCUGAAUGGAGGUCAAGGAAGGAGGAUUUCCCCUCUCUAGGUCAGUGGUGGGAGGUAGGAAAGGGACAGAUUAGGGUGUUCUGCCAGCAGUACACCGCCUACUCCACUGCUGACGUCCGGAGGGCCAUGGACCAACUGGAGGCAGAGAUCGGGGAGCUGGAGGGUGUGCCUGUGGGGAACCCUGAGCAGCUGCUCUCCAAAAAACAGCAGCUGAACUCCUUCCUCCUGGAGAAAGCCAAAGGAGCCCUGGUCCGAGCCCGCUUCACCGCCAUCAAGGACAUUGAUGCACCAACAACCUUCUUUUUUAACCUGGAGAAGUCAGAAGGCCAAAAAAAACAAAUGGUGUGUCUCAGUCUGCCUGACGGGGGGUUAACCUCAGACCCCGCUGAGAUGAGGAGGCAUGCAGUGUCCUUUUACUCGGAGCUGUUUCGAGCGGAACAAUGUGAUGGAGAGGCUGCAGCUGAACUCCUGCAGGACCUUCCUCAGCUGAGCCCAGCAGAUCGGGACGCCCUGAGCCUCGACAUUACCAUGGAGGAGCUAACCUCUGCAGUAAAACACAUGGCCUCAGGCAAAGCACCGGGAAUGGACGGGUUACCAGCGGAUUUUUACAAACACUUUUGGAAUACCCUGGGACAUGAUCUUCUGGACGUGUUUCGGGAGUCCUUCCAGAGGGGAACUCUUCCAGCUUCCUGCAGGCGGGCAGUAAUAUCGCUGCUACCCAAGAAGGGGGACCUCACCCUACUUAAAAACUGGAGACCAGUGGCCCUGUUAUGUAGCGACUAUAAAGUACUGUCAAAGGUUUUAGCUAAUAGACUGAAGGUUUUUAUGGAUGUUUUUAUUGGUGCUGAUCAGUCCUACUGUGUCCCUGACAGAUCCAUCCUGGACAAUCUGUUUUUAAUGAGAGACAUUUUUGAUGUGUGCAGACUCUAUAAUUUAAAGACUGGUGUACUCUCUAUUGACCAGGAGAAGGCCUUCGAUCGUGUUGAUCACUCCUUUUUAUUUUCCACACUGCAGGCCUUUGGUGUUGGGGAGCACUUCUUGUCCUGGGUGAAGCUGUUGUACACGGGUGCAUGUUGUGUAGUUAAAGUGGGGGGUGGACUAAGCAGUCCUGUACCAGUGAGCAGAGGCAUCAGGCAGGGCUGCCCCCUAUCUGGUCAGCUGUACAGUGUGGCCAUUGAGCCCCUUCUUUGUUUGCUCAGGAGGCGGUUAAGGGGAUUGUGUCUGCCUGAACCGGCUCAGAGCCGGCCUUUGAUUGUGUCAGCAUAUGCUGAUGAUGUAAAUGUUUUUGUUCAGGGCCAGGAAGAUGUUAAAGAACUUAAGCAUUGCCUGGAUCUGUAUGAGAGGGCUGCAUCAGCCAAAGUAAACUGGGAGAAGAGCGAGGCAGUUUUAAUCGGCCACUGGAGUGCAGGAAGCACCCCUAGUCUUCCUGGUGGCCUUAGGUGGGGUAGCAGAGGGCUCAAGAUCUUGGGAGUGUAUUUGGGGAGUGAGGAAACCACUGCUAAAAACUGGGAGGGAGUGCUGGAAAAGAUAAAAGCCAAGUUAUCUAAAUGGAAAUGGUUGCUACCUCAGAUGUCUUACAGGGGAAGAGCUCUGAUCGUCAAUAACCUGGUGGCCUCGUCUCUGUGGCACAGGCUCCAAGUUCUGGACCCUCCACCAAGCCUCGUGGGACAGCUGCAGCGACUCCUGGUGGACUUUUUCUGGUCGGGUCACCAUUGGCUUCGAGCGUCAGUCCUGUACCUUCCUGUGGCAGAGGGGGGGCAGGGCCUGAUAGACAUCGCCUCCAGGACCGCUGCCUUCAGGCUUCAGGCAGCUCAACGUUUCCUGUACGGUCCUUCUCACUGCUGGUUGGAUGUAGCUCGGCUGCUGCUCCGGAAGGCUGGGCGGCUUCGCCUCGACAAACAGCUGUUUCUCCUGAAGCCCCCUGCUCUCACCUUCACGGAUCUUACACCCUUCUACAGCUCUGUGUUUGUUGCGUGGAGGACUCUGGUUGCCACUCGACCAUCUGACCCUAAGCCUGGGAUGUGGCUGUUUGAGGAACCACUUUUUGACAAUGACCUUCUCGUAACCACCACGGUUUUAUCUAACACCUUAAAAAGUGUCCUCACUCAAGCUGGAAUAGUUAAGCUUGGACAUCUCACACGAACACCUGUAGGGAGUCUGGCUGACAUGACUGGAGUAAGAUCUACCAGAGUGCUGCUGAACCUGGUGAAGGAGGUGUGGCAGUCUCUGUCGGGGCCCCUCCGGACUUUUGCUCAGAGACGGGGUUUGGCUGAAUGUUGGAGAGAGGGCCAAGACUACAUCUUCCCCACCCUGAGUGUGAGUCCUGCGGUUGGAGAAUGGAGGGAGGAGAGUGGACUGUUGUUGUCAUUACAGAGACCAGUACUGGGAGCCUUCAGCUCCUGCACAGGGAAGCAGCUGUACCUCAGCUGUGUUAAAGUACUAAACCUGCGCUCCCUCACGGGAGUCAGAGAGUCGAGGUGGACAGAGGUUUUUGGCACAGACUUUUCCCCUAAUGGCAGCUGGAGGGUCCUGUAUAAGCCUCCUGUUGAGAAACGCACAGCGGAUCUCCAAUGGAGGAUUAUACACGGAACGAUAGCCACAAACAGGUACAGAGCUCACCUUGAUCCGGCCAAUGGGGAGGGAUGUCCAUUCUGCUCCCAGUCAGAGACUGUAGAGCACCUGGUGCUGUCCUGUCCCAGACUGGCAGCUCUUUUUAAAGUGGUGCAGGAGUGGGUGGGGGGUUUGGGGGAGGUUUUCUCGUUCCCACUUUUUGUUUUUGGACCCAAAUACACUCCCAAGAAAAAGAAAUCAGUGCUACUGAUCAAUUUUGUUUUUGCGAGUGCUAAGUUAGCCAUCUGGAAGACUCGAAAAAACAAGGUUCUUGGGGUGGACUGGACUGACCCGGUCUGUUGCCUCAAAGGCUUGGUGGCGGCACGUCUCAGGGUUGAGCACACCUUUUAUAAACUGACAGAAAAUUUGGAUGGUUUCAGGGAUGUGUGGGCUAUCGGGCAAGUCCUGUGCUCACUGGAGGAAAAUGGCUCCUUAGUACUGAAUUUCUAAAGGACUGGUUUUUUAGUGUAUGUGCUUGUGUGUGUGUGUGCGUGUGUGUGUGUGUGUGUGUGUGUGUGUGUGUGUGUGUGUGUGUGUGUGUGUGUGUGUGUGUGUGUGUGUGUGUGCGUGAGUUACUAUUUAUUUAAACCAACAGUACUAAUGUGGUUUUAAGAUUUUGUCAGAAUGGUUCAAAAAUAAAGUUUGUUAAAAGUCAAAAGUCUCUUCUCUCCUCUUUCCUCUCUCCUCCCUCUCUCCUCUUUCCUCUCUCCUCUCUCCUCUUUUCUCUCUCCUAUUUUCUCUCCUCUCUCCUCUUUCUUCUCUCCUCUGUCCUCUCUCCUCCCUCUCUCCUCUCUCCUCUUUCCUCUCCCCCCUUUCUCUCUCUCCUAUUUUCUCUCCUCUCUCCUCCCUCCUCUGACCUUUGACCUCCUGAUGGUUGAUGACCUCUUCCAUUAAAACCUGUUUUGAUGGUUUUCUCCUCUCUCCUCUCUCCUCUCUCCUCUUUUCUCUCUCCUCUCUCCUCCUCUCUCCUCUCUCCUCCAUCCUCUGACCUUUGACCUCCUGAUCGUUGAUGACCUCUUCCAUUAAAACCUGUUUUGAUGGCGUUCUCUGAUUUCUCGCAGCGCUCCGGUUACAUGCACCGGGAGGUCCUCCAGAUCGCUGAGCAGUACCCCAACAUCCGAGCCACGUCCUGGAGGAUGGUCACCAUUUGGGGCGGGGCCAGCCUCCUGAAGGCGUACCUCCACAGCAUGCAGGACCUGCUCUCCAUGCUGGACUGGAAGUGGGACUUCUUCAUCAACCUCAGCGCCACAGAUUUCCCCACCAGGUGGGUUCUGAUGGUUCUGAUGGUUCUGAUGGUUCUGAUGGUCGUUCCCUCGUCUGUCUCUGAACUCUGAUUCUCCUCCUGCAGGACCAACGAUGAGCUCGUCUCCUUCCUGUCGCAGCAAAGAGACAAAAACUUCCUCAAGUCCCACGGGAGAGAAAACGCCCGGUGAGUAACCAGCUGGAACACGGAGGAGGGCGGAGUUUGACUCUGCGCUCAGAGAUGAAACUGUGUUUCCCCAGAUUAAAGGGAUAGUCCGUACUUUCAGAUGUAGAGAUCCUCCCUGUGAGUCUGUGCGGCUGAACGGACCCGUUUUAGACUGAAACUCUGCGCCGCUCACAGCUGACAGGAAGUGAAGACAGACCUGAUUCCUCUGUGCUGCGUUCCAUGGCGGCGUUUCAGUCUGACGUCCCUCUCUGUGUUGAAGGUUCAUCAAGAAGCAGGGCCUCGACCGCCUCUUCCACGAGUGUGACAACCACAUGUGGCGUCUCGGCGAACGCAGCAUCCCCUACGGCCUGGAGGUCUCCGGUGGCUCUGAUUGGUUUGCGCUCACCCGCCGCUUUGUGGAGUACGUCAUCAACUCCCAGGACGCCCUGGUGUCGGGGCUGAAGCAGUUCUAUUCCUACGCUCUGCUCCCCGCCGAGGUAAGCCCGCCUCAGGUGGUCUGUUUACCCCCCACAGUUAGACAGACAGUUUGAUCUGCGGCGGCGGCGGCGGCGGCGGCGCAUCGUCUCCUGUCAGCUCAGAGGAAAUGUAAGACUUUAAGCUCUGAGGCUCGGCGUGCGGCAGCGACAGCCGGCGAGAGGAGGUUUACUUGAGCUUAUCUGAGUGUGUGCUUUCACAUCUGAGGAGGCGCCGCUCAGGUUUUUCCCUUCAGACGAGUUUCCUUCAACAUCGACAGACAGUAAUUAGACCGUUUGAUCGAGAUUUAACGGAAUUAUGACCUUUGAUUAAACAGGAUGUGACCUCGGAGAGUUUGAACUGAACAUGUGACAAAAAGGAGGAAAUCUACCACCUGAUUUUCUGAAACACAAAUUUAACUUUACACCAACAUUUAAUCCUCUUUAAUCCUAACUUUAGCUGCUAUAAAAACAUAUUAAAGAGGUACACACACACACACACACAUAUACACACACACACACACACACACACACACACACACACACAGCAUUAGCACCAUCUCAGAAUGAAUGAUCAUGGAGAGUCAUGGCUGUGAACUCCUAUAAUGUGGUUAUAAUGGAGGUCAGUUUGAUGCUGUAUUAAAUUAUUUUAAUCUGGACGAAGUUUGACGAAAACAUUUGAGCAAAAACACAAAAAAAUAUCUGAUUUGUUUUUACAGCAGCUGAAGUUCGUUGUUUUAACAGCCUCUACAGGCCAGAAAGAUGGAAAAAAGAAUUAACCCAAUACUGUGAAAAAAAUAAAAAUGCAUCAGAGUUAAUGUUGUUACUAAGAUAUGAAAUAUCCAAGGGUGUGAUAGCACGUAAAAAAUCAUUUUUAUAUCAAAAUAUUGUCAUAUAAUGUGAUUUUUACCCAAAUCACCUCUGAAUUUGGUAUUUAAAGGGUUGAAAUUCAUAAUAAGAUAAUAAUAAUAAUUAAUGCUAUGAUAAUGACUCAGUUUGACAAAAAGAUUUGAGCAAAAACAAAUAAAUAUUUAUCUGUCAUGUUUUUACAGCAGCUAAAGUUAUUGGACAAAAACAGCCACAGAUUACCAAAGAGAAGGACAUCUGACCACAUUUUUGACCUUGUAAAUAAAAACUAAAAUAUUUGUCAAACUGAGUUUCCAAAAAUGAUUCCACGCUCCAAAACAAAAAGUGUUUUGGUUAAAAAAUUAUGAAGGUAUUUUUGACUCUACUGGCUAAAAAAGCCUCAAGAGUGAACGCACAGACGACCUCUGACCUCUAAGAACAGAGCGCUGUGAUUUCUGAUGACGGCCGUUCAGCACCUUUUACACGCUCUCAGACUGGAAACAAACGAGUGACCGAGGAAACUCUUACAGUCUUUAACUUUAGGAAACAUCCUGCAGAUUUGUGUCUCGGUGUGAAAACGUCUCUGAGCUCUUUAACGAUAACUGACUCACAGAAAUGUUAAAGUUUCUCUGUUUUCACCGUCAGGACAGUUUUCAGUGUUUUUGAGGAAAAAAAGUCUCUAGAGUUUAAAACUAAAACCCAAACCCACCUGGGAGGGUUCCUAACAGACCUGGUUCCUGUCUCUCCUCGUAGUCCUUCUUCCACACGGUCCUCGGGAACAGUCACAUGUGCGACACGCUGGUCGACAACAACCUGCGGGUCACCAACUGGAACCGUAAGCUGGGCUGUAAGUGUCAGUACAAACACAUCGUGGACUGGUGCGGCUGCUCCCCCAACGACUUCAAACCUCAGGACCUGAUCCGGAUCCAGGUGAGGGUCUCUGCCGCGGUGAGUCCAGGUUCAGGGUUUUACUCCUCUGACUCGGUGUUUCUGUUACAGCAACUGAGCCGCCCGACGUUCUUCGCCCGUAAGUUCGAGUCGUCGGUGAACCAGGAGGCCAUCGACAUCCUGGACACUCACCUGUACGGUCAGUACGCUCCGGGGACCGUGGCCGUCAAGGCGUACUGGGAGAGUCUGUUCGAGCAGCCGGACGGCGUGAGCGCGCUCAGCGACCUCGCUCUCACCGCUUACACCUCCUUCUUCCGCCUGGGCCUCAAACAUCUGGAGACGUCUCAGAGCAACAUGGAGGCGUGCAGGUCUGAGGACGCUCUCUCCUCGCAGCCAUCGAACAGGAAACUGUCUCUGCGCUCCAGAACCUCACCUUCGCUCUCCUGUUCCCCUGCAGGUUUGAACCCGUGGGCUUCCCUCUGUCUGUGCACCUAUACUUCUAUGACGACCGUUUCCAAGGAUACCUGGUACGUCAGGAGGUCCAGGCGGUGGGGUCGAAGGUCAGGGAGACGCUGGAGAUGUGGGCGGUGCCUCAGGCCACGCUGGUCCUGGAGACGAACCUGAAGGAGUUUGAAAGGCUGAAGAAUCUGGAGGUGAGUGAACUUCCUGUCCUCCUGAAGAUCAGAGCUCGGCGUUAUCACCUCCGCCGCCGCCGUCUCUGUUCUCGCCAAACUUUAAUAUCAAGAGAAAAACGCCGCGGAGGAAGAUUCUCCUCCUGAUGUAAGAAAGAGUUUAAUCAGAGCGAGAUCUGAACUCUGACGACCAACCAGAGUGAAGAUGUUUGUAAAGAGGAGCAGAUUCUGGAAACCAGAUUCUGGUUCAGUUUGGAUCAGAGUGUUUCUGAGCUCCUCCUCCUCCUCCUCCUCCUCCUCCUCCUCCUCUGUUCUUCUUCUUCAUCACAGUGAGAAUCUGACCUGAAAAAGUUUGAUUUUCUAAAUUUAAGUUUUUUUAAAGAGUCUCGUCUCCGUUCAUCAGAACUGAGACGGUUCGCCGUGAUCCCGCCUCCUCCUUUAUCAGUUAAAGUCACACUCAGCGGUUUUAAGAUCAGGUUUGUUCGUGUUUUUUGAAUCGUUGUAAUUUAUCGUGAAAAAAACGUCUAACCCCGACUUCACCCCCCCGACAGAUCGGCACUGACUGGGACCCUAAAGAGAGAAUCUUCCGGAACUUCGGCGGCGUGAUCGGCCCGUUGAGUGAACCCCUGGCGGUCCAGAAGUGGGCGCGCGGUCCCAACCUCACCGCCACCAUCGUGUGGAUCGACCCGGCUCUGGUGGUGGCGGCGUCGUAUGACAUCACCGUUGAUGUGGACGCGGAGUACACGCAGUACAAACCGCCGCUGCAGCGCCCCCUGCGGCCCGGCACCUGGACGGUUCGUGUGUUGAAACAGUGGGAGCGGGUGGCGGAGGUUCGAUUCCUGGUCAUGCCGUUGACCUUCAGAGAGAAGGAGUCGCUCCGCAAAGGUGAGAAGAUCUCAGACUCGAGCGUUGAACGUAGAGCUGCACCAUAUCGGAAAAAAAUAACGAUUUUUUUAACCUGCGAUUUUUAUCACGAUAUUAAAAAAUCGAUGAAAUUUCAUCAGAUGACCUGAAUCUGAGUUUCUGCUGAAGUCUUGAGGACAGUUAACCUUCUCUGAUCUGUUAGUAGACUGUCUUCUGUCUCUGAGAUAGUUUUAGUUUUUAUUGAUCUGGACGUUACCGUGGAAACAGAUGAACACAGAAGACGUGUUUUAGUCGACGUCAUCCUUCUUAGAACCGAAAUAAUUCUUGAUAACUGAAACACGUCUUCAUCUUCGGUGGUUUUUCUAUCGUUCGGUGAGCCGGUUACCACGGCGACCGUGGGACUGCUCAGUGAGUGGUCCGUGGAAAUGUACGAUUUAAACCCACACAGUUCUUAUUUGUGGGAUAAACAGUGAUGAGGAAUGUUCCCAAAGUCCUUCUCGGCGUUUCUCAGCUCAACACCGGCAGCUCCAGCGACUCCCUCCCUGUGCGGGGGCGGGGUUUCCUCCUCUCUGAUUUUGAUUGACAGCUGUCAGGGUCGUCUGAUUGGUAACUGAGUGAAGAGCAAAUCUGUAUCUCAGUCAGCGACCCUAGAAAUUAGAUGAGCUCAUCCCCCUCCGACAUGUGACUAUGGCGCACACGUACAUCGCCAUGACGACGAUCAAACGAUAUAUCGUACAGCCCUAGCUGAAGGUUUCUCGUCAUCUUCUUCUCGUCUUUAAUCGUGUCUUUGUCUCUCUCAGACGAGGACAGCUGGCUCCACGCUGGUCCUCCAGGAAACCUGUACCUGGAGCAGAGCUUCCAGACCCUGAGCUCGGUCCUGAAGCUCCCCCCUCAGGAGGCGGCCCUGCAGGAGGCCCAGCAGAAGGCCCAGCUGGUGGGUCAGAGCCUGGAGGCCUGGGUGGACACCAGCGUGAGGGACUUCUGGGUCACAGGGGACGUCUGCACCACACAGACCUCCUCCUGCCCCGCCGUGGGACCCUGCUCCAAGACCUCCUGGAGCUCUUUGUCCCCGGAUCCAAAGUCUGAACUGGGACCCGUUAAAAGUAACGGGAGGAUCAGGUAGCGACAUGGGGGGGCUGAGGAGGACCUGGAGAGACCCUGUGUGACCCUGAGUCCGUCUCACAGGUGGACUCAGACCUGGAGGGCACAUGAACUAGAAGAGGUCUUCCUGCACUGAGGAGUCCAGACCUUCAGACGCUGAAACCAGGAGGACCAGACUUCAGAAAAUUUGCACAUUAAGGUACGCAGGACUGGACUCUGGACUCUGGACCCUCUGAGUCUUCCUGAACGGACCCCCAGACUCCCGGCUGAGUCCGACCUUCAUCUCAGAGGGGGCGGAGCCUCUGAGUGUUUUUUAUCGUGCUUGUUUUGAAGCAUCUAGAAAUGAGGAGAAGAAGAAGAAGAAGUGCACUUUACUGUAGGACUACGACGAUGUUACACAGAGGUCACAGGGUGACAGGGGGCGGAGCUAAAAGGUCACAUCACUUGUUUAUUUAAGGGCACAUACCUGCACAGACACAUCACUAAAACCUCUGAACACCUGUGACCUUCAUGGGGGGGCGGGGUCUGAGACUUUAUUUCUCUUUUUGUCUGAAACGGUUCAAAGCGGCGAAUCGUUAAAAAAGACGCUCUGCUGGUUAAAGGAAGUUCCUGUGGAGCGGCGAGGUUCCGGUCAGGUGAUCGGAAAUACCUCGAGGUUUUUGAACCCUGUGGAAGUUCAGUCUGAGGAACGACGAUCAUCAUUACUUCAGCUUCUCUUUAAAGAUCCUGUCAGGAACUUUGAACUGCUGGAGAUUUGGCGCCCCCUGUGGACAGAGCAGUUGUUGCAGAUCGUGUCCUCCACAUACUGAAAGAGUCUCAUCUUUAUUAUGAAUAUUUAAUGAGGACACAGUGAAAACAGCUGUUUCCUCAGAGACACGGACUCUCAGUGACGACGCUGACGGCGGUUUUAUGAGUCUCUUUCACAAACGUAGAAAUCUCCUCACAUGAGCUUCAGGGUUCAUCGAUGACCUUGAAGAGGUCGUCGGGGGUCGGGUUAGAACCAAUCAGAAUUGUGUCACAUGGUUAAAAAAUCGGAGUUGACCUGCGGUGUGAACGUAGACUUAGAGUCUGGUUUAGAGUUCUGAGACCCGAGCCUCAGAACCUCUGACCCGGCGGACUGUAAACCUCCUUCCUGCUCGGUCGGACCUCCAGAUUAAAUGCAGUAUUGAUCCUGAUUGACUUCCUGAUCGCCUCUCUCUGUUGUUAUGAGGAGCUCUGUGGAGUGAACAGACGCCGCCGUUAUUCAGUGACAGAAGAAGAAGAAGAAACGUUUACUGGGAUGAAACCUUCAGAGACGAGAACAGAGAGGUGGACCCCGUCGUCUGUCUGACGUUAGCGUGACCUUUUCUGUGUUUUUAAACGGCGUUUUUUUAAGUGACCUUGUUUACCUUUGCACAGUUCCAGUCGCUUCAGUGAAGCUCGGUCUUAUUGCAGAUAAUCGGUGUGUGACGAUCUUAUUUUUCUAUACUGUCUGAGAGAAAGACGAGUGUGUGUGUGUGUGUGUGUGUGUGUGUGUGUGUGUGUGUGUGUGUGUGUGUGUGUGUGUGUGUGUGUGCGUGUGUGUGUGUCUGUCUGAAAACUGCUGUCCUAUGAUUUGGUCUCACCUGUCCGGAGGAGCAGAUCCUCUCUGGUUUUGUAUUUUUAGGGGGAUCGUUGUGGUCCGGUCUGUGACUCAUGUUGGUCUGUGUGGAGAGGACGAGCUCACGGCGUCGACUUCCUGACUGACCGUCAAUAAAAACACUUUAAUGAGGACCAACGUUCCUGCUCUCUUCUUUCUCUCUGUUUGUGAAAAUGUGUUUUAUUUAGAGUCUCUACAAAGUCUGAGUCGGUUUUUAAGUUAGGAAGUUCAAAAACUCUGAA